AUGGCAUUACCACCAGGGCCUUAUGCGAUUAAAUCAGUCAAGCUCGAAAAAUACUUGCUCUACACGCCGCCGGAUGGUUCUCUCCUAUUCUCCGGAGAGAGUGGUACGGACCCAAACACAACGUUCAAAGUGGAGGCGGACAAAGACCAUAGCGAUCUGGUGAAUAUAAAAUCAUCCAACGGCAAAUACUGGAGGAGGGUAGACGAAACCAACAACUAUAUUAAUUCCACCGCUGACGUGCCAUAUAGAAAUCAAAGCUCAUGGCAAUGUACACUCUUCCAGAUUACGAAGGACACGGAUGGCCACAAAUACCGAAUCCGCCACGUGCAACUCGGAGGAUAUGUAGCGCCAAACCCUGAAAACAAGAACCGUGCCUAUGUAAGCACAAGUAACGACACAGGAAACCAAGAAGUUUUCUUCGAAGGGAGUUAA